ACUUAAAGUCAAACAGAUCUGAGGAUCAAAAUUUGCUGUGGCAUUUCUUGGGCAAGUCACUUAAUCUCUCCAUGCCUCAGUUUCCAUAUUUGCAAAGAUGGGCUAAAACACUAAUUCAUGGGGUUGUUAUGGAAAAAAACAGAUGUGGCUCCUUUGUCUGGAUUUUUCUGACAUGCACUCUAGGUACUCAAUGCACAAGUCUGUGUAUUGCAUUUUUCUAAUGGACGCAUAUCACAGUGGAGAGCAGUGGUGGUGAGUUUGUCCUCUUUCCUUCUCCAUCCCCCUUGCCCUGGAGCUGGAGAAACAGAGCAUCGCCAUGGCAACAUCAGCAGCUGUUCCCCAGAUAAGAGGAGCUGAAGCCGAGCAGAGCAGCCACAGCAGCCGAGGAGACUAGCAAGCACGCCUCCCCAUCUCUUGCCUUCUCAUCCCAGUACCUGCACAGAUUGUGCUUGAGAAGAAAUACACACACCUGCCCUCCUUUGAUGAUGUCCACUGAGCAAAUGCAGCCACUGGAGCUCUCAGAAGACAGACUGGACAAGCUAGACCCUCGUUGCAGCCAUUUAGAUGAUCUUUCAGACCAGUUCAUUAAUGAUUGCAAUCUCAAAAAGAAGACAAGAAAGGGGAAGAAUGUCCAGGCUACCCAGAAUGUUGAGUCAGAUCAAAAAAAGCCAAGGAGGAAGGACACACCAGCACUGCACAUCCCUCCUUUUAUACCAGGUGUGCUUUCAGAACACUUACUUAAAAGAUGUGAUAUCCAAGAGAGACAGCCAAAGGGCAAAAUGAAUUCAGCUCUUCAUAAUGUUGACCUGGACCAGAAAAAGCCCAGGAGAAAAGACACACCUGCUCUACACAUGCCCCCCUUUGCAGCAGGUGUGAGACUGCUCAGGGACGAGAGAUCCAAAGUGAUCAUGGAAGAUGACGAAAAGGAUGCUGACAAGAUAGCUAUUUAAAGAUAUUUCCCCUGAGACCACUUGUAAAUAGGUUAGGUUGGUUCCCUAUGGUGACCUGGAAAAAAAAAUAGACUUGUUUCUGCUCUCA